AUGCGUCACACGCUCGCAUCUGCCUCCUUUAUCCUCGUGCUGCUGUUCUGCGCGCUAGGUCAAGUGAACGCUCAAUAUGGUUACCACCCUGGUGUCCUUGGUGGUGCAGGUAGUUAUGGUCUUCUUGGAUAUGGUAAUCGACUCGGCGCUUAUGGUAGCUAUCCCGGCUAUCAGCCAUAUCCCUACUACUAUGGCGGCGGCUACCCAUGUUACAAUUGUGGCGGUGGUGGUUAUCCUUAUUCUGGAGGUUAUCCCUUCUAUGGCAAUAACAUGAAUACGGCGUUCGCGAGCAGUAGCGGCAGCGGCACGGCCAGUGCAUCGGCUAGCAGUGGUGGGGGUGGCGGCUUAUUUGGUGGUGGAUUCUUUGGAUAG